GACGGACGGGGACGACUUUGCAGUCGUUUGCAAGAAAACGUGGCUUGACGUGUUCUACUUCUCCUACUCCAUUCCAUUCCUUCCUUCUCCCUCUGUUCUUCCUUUCUUUGUUUUGGUGAUUGCGGUCAGAAAUAAAGACUCGGACGGAGCAGCAAAACCCAGAACAAGGACACAAAAAUUUAACAGAAAAUAAAAGGGAAUCAAUGGAAGUAUCAUCAUCAUCGUUGUCAUCCUCCUCACCCCUAUCAGUUCACUGGAGAAGGGAUUUCUCCCCACUACUUGGUCGAGUUUCUCUCGACUGCCAUGGCAGCCGCAAGCUCCCAAAUCGCCCUUUCUCUUCUUCCACUUGUUCUUGCUUUGGAAUUUCAAUCUCCCAGCGGCCCCAUUCCCAUUCCCAUUCCUUUGUGUUCAGAAAAUCCUCUCCACGCAUUUCCGCAGUCUUUGAGCGCUUCACUGAACGAGCCGUUAAGGCUGUCAUCUUUUCCCAAAGAGAAGCGAAAGCUUUGGGCAGGAAUAUGGUAUUCACCCAGCAUCUUUUAUUGGGUUUGGUCGCUGAGGAUCGUAGUCUCGAUGGCUUUCUUGGAUCUGGCAUCACCAUAGACGAUGCACGCGAUGCUGUUCGCAGCAUUUGGCAUGAUUAUAACGAUAGCAGCAGCAUUUCUGGAAUUCCCAGUUCCCAACCCUCUGUUGCCUCCUCCACUGACGUCCCCUUUUCCAUUAGCACAAAGCGAGUGUUUGAAGCCGCAAUUGAGUACUCUAGGACUAUGGGUUAUAAUUUCAUUGCUCCCGAGCAUAUCGCUAUUGGGUUAUUUACAGUUGAUGACGGCAGUGCUGGUCGUGUCCUCAAGAGAUUGGGGGCAAAUGUUAAUCACUUGGCAGCUGUGGCAGUCUCCAGGCUUCAAGGAGAGCUUGCCAAAGAUGGUAGUGAACCAUCUGCUACAUUCAAAGGGAUGCAGGGAAAAUCUUUUUCUGGAAAAGCAGCCAUUGUGAAAUCCUCAGGAAGAAAGAAGGAGAAAAGUGCUCUGGCUCAAUUCUGUGUAGACCUUACUGCUCGUGCUACUGAUGGACUCAUUGAUCCUGUAAUUGGCCGAGACAUGGAAGUUCAGAGGGUUGUUCAAAUACUUUGCCGAAGAACUAAAAAUAACCCCAUUCUUCUAGGUGAAAGCGGGGUUGGGAAAACAGCUAUUGCUGAAGGAUUGGCAAUUAGUAUUGCAGAGGCAGAUGUUCCCUCUUUUCUCUUGACAAAACGCAUAAUGUCCUUGGAUAUAGGUCUAUUAAUGGCAGGCACAAAGGAGAGGGGAGAAUUAGAGGCACGUGUUACUACUUUAAUAAGUGAUAUUUUGAAAUCAGGUAAUAUCAUUCUUUUCAUUGAUGAAGUCCACAUGCUUGUUGGGUCUGGCAUUGCUGGACGAGGAAACAAGGGGUCAGGUCUAGACAUUGCUAGUCUAUUGAAGCCCUCUCUUGGGAGGGGACAGUUACAGUGUUUUGCAUCCACUACCAUAGAUGAGUACGUGAAACUUUUUGAGAAGGAUAAAGCAUUAGCAAGAAGAUUCCAACCUGUGUUGAUCAAUGAGCCAAGCCAGGAGGAAGCUGUUAGGAUACUGUUGGGCCUGCGGGAGAAAUAUGAGGCCCAUCACAAAUGCAGAUUCACAUUGGAGGCCAUAAAUGCUGCUGUGCACCUAUCAGCAAGAUAUAUUCCUGAUAGGCGUCUUCCUGAUAAAGCAAUUGAUCUUAUUGAUGAGGCAGGAAGUAAAGCUCGUAUGGAAGCAUACAAGAGGAAGAAGGAAAAGCAAACUUCUGUGCUCUUAAAAUCACCAGAUGAUUAUUGGCAAGAAAUUAGGGCUGUUAAGGCCAUGCAUGAAAUGGUCAUGGCUAGUAAACUGAAAAAUUGUAAUGGUGCUUCUUGCAUGGAAGAUGGUAGCACUGUCCUUUUUGAAUCCCCUUUGCCUUCAAUGUCAGAUGAUAAUGAACCUAUAGUGGUGGGACCCAAUGAAAUAGCAGUAGUUGCAUCACUCUGGUCAGGGAUACCAGUUCAGCAGAUCACUGCUGAUGAAAGAAUGCUCCUGGUGGGUCUUCAUGAGCAGCUUAGGAAACGGGUGGUUGGUCAAGAUAAUGCUAUUGCUUCCAUUUCUCGUGCUGUUAAGAGAUCCCGGGUUGGCUUGAAGGACCCCAACAGACCCAUUGCAGCAAUGCUUUUUUGUGGCCCAACUGGGGUUGGCAAAACUGAAUUGGCAAAAGCUUUAGCGGCAUGCUAUUUUGGAUCAGAGGCAGCAAUGGUAAGAUUGGACAUGAGUGAAUAUAUGGAGCAGCAUAGUGUGAGUAAGUUGAUAGGAUCUCCCCCAGGUUAUGUAGGCUAUGGAGAGGGAGGCACUCUUACAGAAGCUAUCAGAAGGCAACCUUUUACAGUUGUAUUGCUUGAUGAAAUAGAGAAAGCCCAUCCCGAUAUAUUCAAUAUUCUCCUCCAAAUGUUUGAAGAUGGCCACUUAACAGAUUCUCAGGGUCGGAGGGUGUUGUUUAGGAAUGCAUUGGUUGUCAUGACCUCCAAUGUGGGUUCUGGUGCCAUUGCAAAGGGUAGACAAAGCUCCAUUGGUUUCUCAAUUGCAGAUGAUGAACCAACUUCAUAUGCUGGGAUGAAAGCACUGGUAAUGGAAGAACUGAAGGCAUAUUUUCGUCCUGAGUUACUCAACAGAUUAGAUGAAAUAGUUGUGUUCCAUCCCCUGGAAAAGGCUCAGAUACUGGAGAUUCUGAAUACCAUGCUCCAGGAGGUGAAGGAAAGGCUCAGCUCUCUGGGAAUUGGUAUGGAAGUGUCAGUGUCGGUUAUAGACCUCUUGUGCCAACAAGGCUAUGACAAAAACUAUGGUGCCCGUCCACUUAGGAGGGCUGUUACCUUAAUUAUAGAAGAUCCCUUGAGUGAAGCACUUCUUACGGAAGAAUACCAGCCUGGUGACAUUGCUGUUGUUGAUUUGGAUGCUUCAGGAAACCCAUUUGUAAGGAAGCAGUCAAAUAGGAGAAUCCACCUCUCUGAUACAGCCUAUGACGAAAAAUUGUAAGAAUGAAGAAAUUUUGCAGUUUAAGCUAUUGAUUUAUAUGUAAAUAAUUUCAAAAAGUAUUCACUGUGCCACUGGUAGACCCCAAAAUUGGUGGUCUUUUAUCCAAAAUUUUUAAUCCCUUUUUUAUUUAUAGAUGUUGUACAGAUUGGAUUAGAAACUCUAGGUGGUCUUAAAAAAUACAGAUUGUAUUUUUAUUAUU